AAGAAGUGCCACAGACUCGAGACAGACCGGAACGAUUACUCAGAGUGGCACUGGCCGUUUGUUAUCACUGCCACGACUGUCAGCCAGGGACGCCGAGAGAAAUCACUUUGCUUGUAAGUGGAGUUUGCGGCUUGGAGCAGGAAUCUCAGGACAUGCUGGUGACCCAGACGGGAGCCCGAUGGCUGCGCAGGGCGGAAGAUUUGGGGGAGGAGGUCGCCCGGCGGUGCCGCCCCUUUCUGCCCUCGGUGGCCCGCUUCUGCCUGGUGGCCACCUUCUUCGAGGACGCCCUGCGCAUGUGGUUCCAGUGGGUGGAACAGCUGGCUUUCCUCCAGGACCACCACCAGUGCUCAGACGGCCUUGCGGUGGCAAUAGUCCUGCUGAAUCUGGUGGGUCAGCUGGUGGGCUCGGCUCUGGUCAUCCUGCACCUGUUCACUAAUUUUGCGGUCACCCUGCUGGCCGGCCUAGUGCUGCUUCAGGUUCACAUAUAUGAAGUGCCUCUGCAACUGAAGCUGCUGCUCCGGAAUUUCUCGCUCCUCGGAGGCUUACUGCUUCUGCAUGUGGAAAACAAGGAGGCGGUGGCAUGCCGCAUCUACGGAGCAGGAGCUGGACUGCCUUUUGUUGUGAGCCGGCGUUCCCAGCAUCUGAUGCAGCUCACUGGAAGAAUCCUGCUGGCCCUCAUGUAUCUUACCCUCUUCCAGCAGUACUUCACCAUUCCAGCCAUGGUCUUGAACUCUUUUGGCCUGAUCCUGAUGGCCUUCAUCGUAAUGGGCUAUCGCACCCGAAUGGCUGCUUUGUGUCUUUCGCUAAUUCUCACCGUGUGGAAUGUGACCACAAACGCCUGGUGGUUCGACGAUGGAGAUUCUAGGGAUCUGCUGAAGUACAACUUCUUUCACACCUUAUCGGUGGUAGGAGGUCUUCUGAUGGUUGUGGUUCUUGGACCUGGGGAAGUAUCCCUCGAGCAAUAUAAAAAACAGUGGUAGCUUGAGUUGGUGUAUUUUUACAGUAAUCGAAAA